AUGGUGAGACAGAUUGGUCUGGAGCCAGAUCCUUACAUGUUGAAGCUUCUUGUUCAAGCUUACUGCAGAUGCGAAAGAUCAGUGCUUGCUUUCAGAGUGUUCCAAGAAAUGAAGGAUUUGAAUCUGAUGCCUGACAGAGAGACGAAAGAGUUGCUUGUGAGGAGUCUGUGGAGAGAAGAGAAGCGAAAAGAGGCGGCUGCGGUUGAAGAGAGCAGCAGCGGCGAGGAAGGGAAUCAUAGUAAUAGCGUUUUGCGUUUGGCGUUGAAGGGUCAUGUUUGGAAUAUUAGUUCUACAGACAUCGCUCGAGUCUACAGUCUCUACCGCGAUUGUGUUCUCAGAGUGACCACUUCGAGUUAA